GACUCUAGGAGUAUCCGAGAGCCCCCAAAUCUUUCUAAAUGCCUUGAUAUUUGAAACAUGUUAGGAACCUUUAAGAGAUUUUAGCGUCUUCAGCUUCAAAAGGUAUCCAAAAAAUUUUUUAUACAUAAGCAAAGGCCCUAAAAUCCUAGAUACGCCCAUUCUGGUUUAGUGUUACAUCAAGACAGAUUUUACCUCCGUUCGGAAAAACAACUACGAUAUCCAGAUAGUGCACGGAAGUCGAUAGUUCCACAUUGUGUAAUCGACUAUUUUUUGAUUAGGGCUUAAUUAGUGCAAAACCAAUUUGUGCAUUUAUUUAUUAUUUAUGUACUGUUCUCCAAACGAGUAUACAUGUAUCGAUUAAAACAUAAUCUGCCCUUGGGUUAAACCGACAACUGCAGUGGCCAAUAUCAACCUCCAUAGACGCCAUUGAGGUAAGUGGUACGGAACGGAAAACGAUUACAAACUGUGAACGAGACAAAAAUAAAGAAAAUAUCGAAUGGGGACGCAACAAUCCGUAUAAAACCACCGCUAGUCCUAGCUGGAUCCAGACGAAAUGAAACCGGCCUGGUCAAUCCCACUCUACGCAACAACCCUCAUCGGAGUUGUCUGCUGCAGCUGCAUAAUUUACGAUGCUGGAGUGGCACCUAAGGACCAACAGUUUAUUGUAAACUCCCACAACACCCUCAGGACCUUAGUCGCUCAGGGUAAGCUGACCGGUCAGCCCAAGGCGGUCAACAUGAAGCGACUGAAGUGGGAUGACAAACUGGCCGCAGCCGGGCAGAAAAUUGCCGCCACGUGCAAUUACAAGCAUCAAAGAGUUAGGGACCCACGAUGGAGAACCGUCGGUCAAAAUAUUGGCAAGACAACCUCGUCGGCCCUGCUACCCCUGCCCAACUGGGACAAGUUCAUACAGAGUUGGUUCAACGAGUAUAAGAUGUACAACUUUACGAAUAUACCGGUGAAGGGAACGGGACACUACACUCAGAUAGUGUGGGCGACCACCGAGUACAUCGGCUGCGGCUACACCAACUACAGACAUAACGCGACUUCGAAUUAUAUCCAGUUUUACGUCUGCAACUACGGACCGGGGGGGAACGUUCCGGGUAUGGCGCCCUACAAGGUCGGCAUCUCGAGCCAGUGCGACAACCUUUGUUGAAAUUUUGAUAAACUUUUUUAAUAAACGCUCUAAAGCAGAA